CAUCAGUAUAAGCAUCGUUCAGCUCUCUUCAACUUCAGCAGCCGAGCAGCCGUCAACAUGACCAUCGACACACUCAGUCAGGACGGAGUGCAGCGACAGCAAAUGCUCUGUCUGACUAAGAUGGAGCGCAUGAUCAUAUCCAUGCAGGAUCCUGAUAUGGGCAUCAAGUUGCGCAACCAGUGUCUCCUUAUUACGGUCAUACCACACGCAAUGACUGGUGCAGAUAUUGUUGAAUGGCUGAUUAAAAAGUGUUCUAUCUCUGAUGAAGAGGCGUUGCACAUUGGACAAAUCUUUGUGAAGUACGGAUACAUUUACCCUUUAAAAGAGCCCAGAAACCUGAUUCUGAAAGUUGACGAUUCACCUUAUCGCUUUCAGAUGCCAUAUUACUGGAUGUCAACACGCUGGCCUGCUUCAGAACUGGACUAUGCAAUCUACUUGGCCAAGAAGAAUAUCCGAAAACAAGGAGAACUAACUGAGUAUGAAAAGGAGUGCUAUAAUGCUUUACAUAAACGUAUCAACCACACAUGGGACUUUGUUGUGAUGCAGGCAAGAGAGCAGCUCAGGGCAUCAAAACAGCGUCGGAAAGCAGAUCGUAUAGUGCUGGAGUGUCAGGAACAAGCUUACUGGCUAGUGAACAGAUCUCCUCCGGGGACACUGGACAGCAUAGAUAAUGGACCGGAGAGAAGAACCAUGAACACACGAGUGCAGCUGAAUGCAGAAUUCUACAAAAAAGAGAUUGAACAUAACAGAUUAAGCCUGGCGAGGAAUCGUGUAAAGUCCUCAAUUUGCCUUGAGAGUUACGUUAAGUAUUGUGAGCAGUACCAGCCCCAUGACCCAAUAAUGCAAGGAUGUCUUCCCAGCAACCCCUGGAUCACAGAUGAUAUCAUGUUUUGGAACAUGAUCUGUGAAACAGUUGCCGUACCGACUAAACUGCGUGUGGAGCACUGGAGCUUUAGCUUCAUUAAGCGUCGGAGAAAACAUUCCAUUUUUAUUCUACUGCAACUCUCUGUAUAUAUAAAUAAUAUAACAACUUUUCAUGUUUCUCUCUCCCCCAUUCUCUUUCUCAUCCCUUCCCUCUCAUCAUCUUCUUUCACCCUCUUUUCUUGGUGUUCGGUUUGUCUCUUGUUUUUAGCGGAGAACUUGUGUUUCUGGCAGGCCUGUGAGGAUGUUCGUCACGGCGAGACCUCAAAAAUUCCAGAGAAAGUGGAUGAGGUUUACAAGCAGUUCCUGGCUCUGAGUCGCUGGGUGAAUAUUGACAGCAAAACCAUGGAAAAGACCCUGGAAGGACUCAAGCGCCCUCAUCGUUUUGUCUUGGAUGAUGCUCAAAUGCACAUUUACUUCCUCAUGAAAAAGGAUUCAUACCCUCGUUAUCUCAAAUCUGAUCUCUACAAGAACUUAUUAGCCAGAGCCAUAGUACCACAGGAGACCAAGAAAAGUGUGUUCCCGUUCAUGCGUCGCCAGCAUCACUCCAGCCCCUCACCUGCCCUCACCACCCAAGCUGCAGAGGAUGAUGGGAAGGCAAAGAACUCUAACUCUUUCAAAAGCAAUUCUGGAACUGCAUCCCGGCUUUAAACAUGCACACAACGUGUACUUUUUAUUUUUAUUUUGUGCUACCUUAUGAUACCUAACACAGUUGUAAAUGGAUCUGCAUUGCUUCCUGUUGUGCUUUACAGAUGUUUUUAGAAUAUAACAAAAGGUUAUUAUGUAAUAAGAAUGCUUGAUUCACAUUUCUCUGUAUCAUAUCACGCCGGAAUACAGCUUUUCGUGCGUUUCAAAGAUACAAUGUAUUUAUAGCAAUAAUGCGAUCAGACAUAAGCACAAUCUCACUAACUUUCAGCUGAUACCUGAAGUGACAUGAUGGGACAGAGUACAUCUGUAGUAAAUGUGUAAAACUAUAUAAUAAAUUAUUGGUAACUUGACAUAAAAAGGCUAACCUUAAUCUGUAUCUGGUAAAUAAUCCUGAGUAAAGGAAUUUUUUCAGUAGAAGUAUUCAAAAGAUACAGGUUUACAUAGAAAACCCAUUAGAUUUAAUGUUAAUCACUCUA